AUGGAGGAUAAAGCCGGAGGGCAUAAGCGCUCCAAGAGUGCGCUCGCACUGUCCAUCCUGCAUCGCGAUAAAUCGAGAAGCGAUGACGGCACGGAUGAUAAGCAAUCGAACCUAGACCCUGGCUCUCCCACCACGUCGACGUCCCCCUCUCCCGUGAACGAUCCACGUCAUUCCUUCUCCGCUUCCAUGAGCUACCUGCGUCCUUCGAAACGGAAAGGCGAUGCCGACACGAUGAGCAAUCGAAGCAGCAAUAAUUUAUCCCGCGAGGCUACCGAAGAUCCUCCAACUUCGAAGGAAGGCGCCGAAAUGAAGUCAAAUCCGCCAAGUGGUGGUUUGACAAUUGAACAGUCGGUCCGAACAUUUCGCCUCUUCGAAAUCCUACGCGACGGUGACACUACUGCUAUAUCGAAAGCCAUUAAAGACUGUCGCGAGUCCCAUGGUCACAGCAACUCAGAGCUAGGAACAAGUAUCUUGCAUUUGGCGAUACAAUGUGCUGAACCUCAAGUUGUGGAGUAUGUUCUCUCUAAUAGUGACAUUGAUAUCAAUGCGAGAGAUAGAGAUGGCAAUACUCCCCUCCACCUUGCUGCACAGUUAGGCAGACUUUCCAUUGUUAAGGACCUGCUGGAGCGCCCGAAUAUCAACGAUGCCCUCACAAACUAUCACGGCCAGAUACCUCUUGAUUUGGCCCGUACACCUGAAAUAUUUCAACACCUUCAGCUCUGCCGGUCCGUAUUUGUUGAUACAAAGACUCGAGAAAUACAGAGUUUAGUUUCGCAGGGUGACUACGACAAACUGGAAAAAUUGCUCGGCGAGCCGCGAAUCCAGGGGACCGUUGAUGUAAAUAAUUUGGAUCUCGUUGUGGACCGGACGACAUCAUCCACUGGUGGUACACUGCUUCAUGAGGCAGCAAGGAAGAAAGACUGCAAGUUAAUUCAAAUUCUGUUGAUGAAUGGCGCCGACCCAUUUCGUCGAGAUAAAAAAGGAAAACUUCCGCAGGAUGUUACCAAAGAUGAUCGAACAAAAGGUAUCUUGAAGAAAUCUCCAGCAGCUGUGAUCGCCCAGCGAGGGAUUCAGGAGAAAUCAAUUCUAGGGCACGCUUCUGGGCCUGGUGGAGGCGAAAUCUCUAUUGGAGGGAAAGAUGCUCGGGAAAUGAAAGGAUACCUUAAAAAGUGGACAAACUAUACAGGCGGCUAUAAACUAAGAUGGUUUGUUCUCGAAGAUGGAGUUUUGAGUUAUUACAAACAUCAAGACGAUGCCGGAUCAGCCUGCCGUGGUGCUAUCAACAUGCGUAUUGCAAAACUAAAUAUGGACCCUCAAGAUAAAACUCGCUUUGAAAUUCAGGGGAAAUCUUCAGUCAAAUAUCAUUUGAAGGCCAACCACGUUGUGGAAGCAAAAAGAUGGUUUUGGGCACUGAACAAUGCCAUUCAAUGGGCUAAAGAUGAGGCCAAGGAGGAUGACCGGCGACGAACAAGAGAUGCCGAAUUUUUGCGGCAGGCAAAGAUGGACCAAUUUGGACAGGCUCCUGAACAUCAAGCCGAUGCUGCUAGUUUCACUAGUGUCAAAGGAAAUGGCAAAACACUCGCCCCUCCUUCCUUGACCCUAACGCCUAGCGUGUCGAAAUCAAGCCUUCAGCCAUCAAGAGGCGCUUCAGAUACUGGUGGGGUAGACGAAGACGGCAUUUCGAUUGCUCUUGAUCAACAGACUAGCAUUGACCGCGUUGUUAGUCAAGGUGCUAUGACUGCAGAAGUGGACGUGGACGAUGAUGAUUAUGGAGACUAUGACAGCAGUCGAGAAAUGAAACCCGCCAACAAGGAUGCGUUCAACAUCACUGCGCAGUCCGUUAAACUACAGCUAGACCUUCUGAGCACAGUCUCUUCUGCACUUCAAGCUGAAAAGGAGAAAAACCCGGACACGCCGAUCGCAGACCCUUCCGUUUCCCAAGCGCUUAGUACAUACGAAGGAGCUAUCAGUAACUUGAACUCACUUGUGCUUGACUUACUUAAAAUAUCACGCGACCGCGAUGCCUACUGGCAAUAUCGGCUCGAAAGGGAGGCCGAUGCGCGGAAAAUGUGGGAAGACAGUAUGGCCCGUGUUGCGAAAGAGCAUGAAGAUCUUCAGAAUAGAAUGGGCGAAUCUGAAGACAAACGUAAACGAACCAAGAAAGCCUUGAAGGAGGCGCUAGAGAGUGCAUCUGGAACCUCUGCUCUAGGAGCAUCGCAUGUGAAAAUAUCAGAUGCAGUUGACGUUGUCAAAGAGCUUUCAGAAGAAGGGCCUAGCCAAAGUAAAGUUGGUCUGGUUCGAAGAAAGACCAUAUUUGAAGAGAUCAGCGGCGUGUCCGAUAGCGAGUCGGAAGAAGAUGAGGAGUUCUUUGAUGCGAUUGACGCCGGCGAGGUUGAGGUUGUCAUUCCUUCUAAAUCGGAAGAGGUGCCUGUUGCCGAGUCAGAUAUUCGAACGGCGAAACAACUGGAAAUCAAGCCAUCGUUCGAUGGCUAUGAAGAGCCCAUACGCAAAAGAUUGAAAAUGGAUAGCGAUGAUAGACCAAAAAUCUCCCUUUGGGGUAUUUUGAAAUCUAUGAUUGGCAAAGAUAUGACCAAAAUGACUCUCCCUGUAUCUUUCAACGAACCUACUUCGCUACUUCAGCGUGUGGCAGAGGAUAUGGAAUACACGGACCUCAUUGAUAUUGCUGCCGACAAAACGGACUCCUUGGAACGCAUGCUAUACGUCGCCGCUUUUGCGGCCAGUGAGUACGCUUCAACGAUUGGCCGUGUCGCAAAGCCAUUCAACCCACUUCUUGGAGAAACCUUUGAGUACGUGCGUCCAGACAAAGGCUUCCGCUUUGUUGUUGAACAAGUCAGCCAUCAUCCACCUAUUGGUGCCGCGUAUGCGGAGUCCGCCAAAUGGGAUUACUACGGCGAGUCGGCUGUUAAGUCGAAAUUCUAUGGUAAAUCCUUUGAUAUUAAUCCAUUAGGAACUUGGUUCCUACGACUGCGCCCCGUUACAGGUGGCGAGGAGCUAUAUACGUGGAAAAAAGUAACCUCGUCAGUCAUCGGUAUUGUCACUGGAAGCCCAACGGUGGACAAUUAUGGUCCAAUGGUUAUUAAGAACUGGACAACCGGCGAAGUUUGCAAUCUAGAUUUCAAACCGCGUGGAUGGACAGCAUCAUCUGCCUACCAGGUGUCCGGAAAAGUUUUAGAUCGAGAUGGUGUUCCAAAAUGGAGUAUUGGUGGACGAUGGAAUGACAAGAUCUAUGCUCGACAUACACCUGGCUACCACGAAACAGUCGCGCCACCAGAGACAGAAACACAUAGCUCCGAUUCUUCACAGGCAUUCCUAGUCUGGCAGGCGAAUCCUCGACCAAGUGGUAUUCCCUUUAACCUUACACCGUUUGUUGUCACACUCAAUGCAGUACCUGAUACAUUGAGACCAUAUCUGCCUCCAACAGAUACCCGCCUGCGACCAGAUCAACGUGCCAUGGAGGACGGCGAAUAUGACUUUGCGGCUACUGAGAAACAUCGCGUCGAGGAAAAGCAGAGGGCCAAGCGUAGAGAACGCGAGGCGAACGGCGAGGAAUUCGAACCGAAGUGGUUUCACAAAGGCAAGUGCGAGACCACCGGUGAGGAUUAUUGGGUCUAUGGUGAUAAAUACUGGAAGUGCAGAAAGGCUGGCGACUGGAGUGCCUGCGAGGAUAUUUUUUAA